AUGGAGAAGGACAACGCGAGACAUUACAGGGCUUACGAGGGCUUCAAGCCUGCGAAUAAUGGCAACACGUCCUCCUUGAAGAGAUCUACGUCGGACCGCUCGAAAACGCAUCCAUCGAGACAAGUAAAGUGUCUUUGCUUCGGCGGUGUGCCGGACAAGGCGAGCCAGCACUCCUUCCUGAAGGGUUUUAUUAUAAACCUCGGGAUAUGCGCUCUACUGGUGGGUUACACGUUGCUCGGUAGCUUUAUCUUCCUCGCCAUUGAAGGCGGCACCGAUGUCGGUGUACAACAAAGGACACUUGCUACCACAAUAGCGGGAGGUCAGCCUACCAGGCGGAACACCAGCGCCUGGCUAAAGCAGGUUAAUAACGAGGCCCGAGCGAAAACCGUCGAGAACAUAUGGAUAAUUACGGAGAGCCUGAACGUCCUUUACCGUGAGAAUUGGACGAGGCUGGCCGCCCAGGAAAUCGCACGUUUUCAGGAUCAACUGGUGAAGAGGAUCACCGAGGACAUGAUGACGACCCAAAACGUCGGUACCUACGUGGGAAGUUCGUCGAGCGAUCCUGUGACCGAACGACGUGUCCCAGAGUACGAGUGGAACUUCGCCAAGGCGUUCCUUUACUCUCUCACGGUGCUGACUACGAUCGGUUGCGGUAGUAUAGCGCCAAAAUCUACAUGGGGCAAGAUCGCAACCACCGGUUACGCCAGUCUAGGGAUCCCCUUGACGCUGGUUUACCUAUCGAGUGCUGGAGGUCUAUUAUCCAGGUGCGCCAGAGGUGUCUUUACGCGCGCCCUUUGCUGCUGUCUUUGUUCGAACUGCGGCUAUUGUUGCUACGAUGAAAGACGAAUGGAGGAGAAGGAGAGACGAAUGAGGAAGAAACGGCAACAGGAAGAACUGGCGCAGCAGCAGCAGCAAUUGCAGUUACAGGAGCCCUUUUACGUCCGGGCGAAUGCGUCAACGUUCACGAGCACAGUGGAAAUUAAGGCCAGUCCAAAGGACGAAGUGUCGAGUCUUGGCUCCGGUGACAGGCCAAACGUUACUAUACUCGCACCAAUCAGCAUUUGUCUCGGCGCAAUGCUCUGCUACAUUGUGGCAGGCGCUUUUACUCUGCACAAGUUGGACGGCUGGUCCUUUGUAGAUGCGAGUUACUUCUGCUUCAUGAGCCUGAGCACGAUCGGGUUUGGCGAUAUGGUACCCGGUUCCUACCCCCGUCAAAGCCUUUACGAGUCGCGGAACGUGACCAUUUGGUUCUGCUCCUGCUACAUAAUGUCCGGGAUGGCGCUCACGGCGAUGUGCUUCAACAUCCUCCACGACGAGAUCGUCCAUAGGCUGAGUCAUCAGGUAGAGAAGUCGGAGCCGGUGAAGUCGAGCUCGAGCGUCGACGAGCUGUCGACCGAUCCGUUCGCGUUGACCUCGUGACAAUUUCCGUCUGGCAACCUGUGCCAUAGG